AUGGUGGUAGUGGUGAUGGCAGUGGCUGCAGCAGUAGUGGUGGUCAUGGCAGUGGCUACGGCAAUGGUAGUAGUGGUUAGUGACGGUGGUGGAAGUGGUGGCGUCGUGGUGGUGGCAAUGGCGUGUGGUAGCGGCGAUGGCAGUGGUGGUGGUGGUGGUGAUGACAGUGACUGCGGCGAUGGUGGAGCGGUCGUGGUGGUGAUUGGUGACGGUGGUGGUGAUGAUGGCAGUGGCUGCGACGGUGGUAGUGGUCGUGGUGGUAAUGGCAGUGGCAGUAGCUGCGGCGAUGGUAGUAGUGGUUAG